AUGAGCACGAGCAAAGCAAGGAAAGUGGACCGGGAACGGAAGGAAAGCAGCCACUCUUUGCAGAUGCCACGCCUUCAUGAACAUGGCCAUCGUAACGAGGUCCCAAAGCAGGCACAUGGAGAAGGUUUUCUGUCCCGGAGACGCCACAUGACCGAGGCAUCGGUGAGCGAGGCAAUGGGAACUUUGGCCGAAGAGCCCGAAGUCAGCCCGGUCCGCCAGGAGCGUCGUCCCUUGUCCUCGGUCCUGACCGAGGCCGCCUCGUCUCUGACUCCUGCACCUAAAGCGCAGGAGCGCAAACGAGGUGGUACCGCUCAGUCAAGUCCAGCGACCAAGCGCCACCGUCCACGUGGUCGGAACUCAGUACCACGCGAGGAGGAGCAAGGUGCGGCGCAGCAGAACCAAGCACAGUUAAGUGAGGAGGACUGGGUGCAGCGUCGGAACAAGCGCCGAACAGUGAUCCUCGCUCACAAGCGCCGUGCCGACUACAUUGCUUACAACUCGGCCUGCCCGCGUGGAAGUCGGGACCCCGAAGAGCCCAACACGCCCGAUCCCGACGCGCGAACCAGCAAGAGGCAGUGGGAAUCGGAGGUUCAGCACUGGCGGAAGUCGAUUCGCGAGUGGAACGGGGUGAACGGCAUAAACGACGAGGAGAUCUUAGAUGACAUCAGUGAGUCGCCAAACUGA